AAGAUCGAGAGCUGGCGCGUACGAGUGGCACCACAGACUCCUCCGUCCUCAGCCCCUAUAAAUCCAGCGGCGUCUCAGCUCACCUGACGAGGCCGGACAACACUGCAACGAAGAAGUACUCUGCUUUUGGCUCAAGAACUCAAGAACAGAGAUCGGAGAAUCGAUGGCUAUGUUCGCGACGUCGACGGCGGCAGUGUUGGGAUCGGCUCGCCCAGGGCGGGCGGCCGAGCCUCGAUGGUGCGUGGUGGCGCGGGCGUCCUCGACGAUGGCGGCGCCGGCAGCGGUGGCCAUUGGGAGGACGCACUACGAGGUGCUCGGGGUGGGCGUGGGAGCCAGCAGGGGGGAGAUCAAGGCGGCGUACCGGCGUCUGGCCAGGGAGGUGCAUCCGGACGCUGCUGGUGGUGGGGGCGACGAGGGGUUCAUCCGGCUGCACGCGGCCUACGCCACGCUCGUUGACCCCGACGAGCGCGCUCGCUACGACCGGGACGUGGCUUGGCGCGCCGCGGGGAUGAUGACGCGGCGGGCGGCCGCGGCUGGGCCGUCGUUCCGGCGGAGGACGUGGGAGACCGACCAGUGCUGGUAGGACGUACGACCUGGAAAACAGGGCUGCCCUCCGGCCCCCCAACCGGCGGCCGCCCGGUUAGCUCAGGACUCAGGCACGGCGCUGGAGAGAAGGUCUUCCCGACUGUCGUACGAUCAGGAUUGGACGGCCUAGAUUGGGUGAUGCAGACGAGGGAACUCUGUACACAGCAAGAGGCGUUUUUAAAGAUCUCUUGUGCGUCUGGUCAGAAAAAUGUAAAUAUGUAAACUAAUUACUGGAAAUUAACGGCCAAGGAAUAUAUAGUACGUAGCUCUCUUUGAUAAGAAAA